UGUCGUGACAAAUGGUGCAAGAAGAGUCAAAAGGCUCUAAAGAUAUUCUCUUAAUUUUGCUCCACUGCUUCAACUUCCGUUAUCUCUCUCUUUCUAUCACAAAGGUAUGCCACUCCUCAUACUCUUAACUCUUUCUUGAAUUUCUUUUAUCUCAUCUUUGUUCCUAUUAAAUACAAGAAACUUGAGAGAACAAUGGCUUCACUUAGAUUAACCAUUUCUUUAGAUACAUUUGAUUCAAAGAAACCUAAUUUCUCUAGAAACCCACUUCAAUUAUCCACUCAUACUUCACCUUUUUCAAUUUCUAGUUCUACUCCUUCACCUGGAGCAUGUAUAAUCACUACUUUGACCACAUUUAGUCCUGUUAAAGUCUCCAGAAUAGAAACCGAGUUGUUUGAGGAUGAUGUUGUUUUAUCCACAAGUAAUGAUUUGCCUCAUGAGUGCAUAAAUGAGGGUUUGAUUGACCGAAACCCGAAUUCUAAACGUGAAAUUAGGAAGAAGUAUAGAGGUGGUGCAAAGAAAAGGGGGAAAAGAAAAGUGGGUUUUAAGUUUAAUUACAAAAGAAAUGGUAUUGAACAAGAAAUUGAGGACCUUUUCGUGGAGGGUGGUGAACUGGAUGUUAAUUACUCUGUUAUUCAUUGUAAUUUGAGCUUAGAACAUUGUAAUUUAAUUUUGAAACGGCUUGAAAGGUGUAGUAGUGAUGACAAAUCUUUGAGGUUCUUUGAAUGGAUGAGGAAUAAUGGGAAGCUAGAAAAGAAUUUGAACGCUUAUAAUGUGAUUCUUAGAGUGUUGGGUAGGAGAGAGGAUUGGGGGACUGCUGAGAGGAUGAUUGGGGAAGUGAGUGAUAGUUUUGGUAGUGAGAUUGAUUUUCGGGUUUUCAACACUCUCAUUUAUGCUUGUUCUAGACGUGGGAAUAUGCUGUUGGGUGGGAAAUGGUUUCGAAUGAUGUUGGAACUUGGUGUUCAGCCCAAUAUUGCCACCUUUGGCAUGCUUAUGGGGCUUUACCAAAAGGGUUGGAAUGUUGAAGAGGCAGAGUUUGUGUUUUCAAAAAUGAGGAGUUUUGGAAUUAUUUGUCAAUCUGCAUACUCUGCAAUGAUUACUAUUUAUACGCGUUUAAGUUUGUACAACAAAGCGGAAGAGAUUAUUGGCUUAAUGGGAGAAGAUAAAGUGGCAAUGAAUGUUGAGAAUUGGUUGGUCUUGCUCAAUGCUUAUAGUCAGCAAGGCCGGUUAGAAGAGGCUGAGCAGGUCUUGGUUGAAAUGCAGGAGGCCAGCUUUUCCCCCAAUAUUGUUGCAUUUAAUACUCUAAUAACUGGGUAUGGAAAGUUAUCAAACAUGGCUGCUGCUCAACGCCUCUUCCUGGACAUCCAGAAUGCGGGACUAGAGCCUGAUGAAACAACUUAUCGUUCCAUGAUUGAAGGUUGGGGUCGAACUGGCAAUUAUAAGGAGGCAGAAUGGUACUAUAAAGAGCUCAAGCGGUUGGGAUACAUGCCUAACUCAUCUAACUUAUAUACACUAAUAAACUUACAAGCAAAACAUGAUGAUGACGAGGGUGCUAUCGGAACACUUGAUGAUAUGCUGAAGAUAGGAUGCCAGCACUCCUCAAUCCUUGGAACUCUACUGAAAGCAUAUGAGAAGGCCGGAAGGAUAAAUAAGGUCCCUCUUCUUUUGAAAGAUUCUUUUUAUCAACACGUUCUUGUAAACCAAACUUCUUGCUCCAUUCUGGUCAUGACUUAUGUGAAGAACUGCUUGGUUGAUGAGGCUCUGAAAGUAUUGGGGGAUAAAAAGUGGAAGGAUCAAACUUUUGAGGACAAUUUGUAUCAUUUGCUAAUUUGCAGUUGCAAGGAGUUAGGUAACCUUGAGAGCGCUGUUAGGAUAUACACUCAAAUGCCCAAGUCUGAAGAUAAGCCAAACUUGCACAUUUCAUGUACUGUGAUUGAUAUUUACAGUGUUCUUGGUUGCUUUGCUGAGGCAGAGAAGCUAUAUCAGCAACUAAAAUGUUCGGGGAUUGCCUUAGAUAUGAUUGCCUUUAGCAUUGUUGUAAGAAUGUAUGUCAAAGCUGGAUCACUGAAAGAUGCUUGCUCUGUUCUAGCAACAAUGGAGAAGCAAGAGAACAUAAUUCCAGACAUUUAUCUCUACCGUGACAUGCUCCGUAUUUAUCAACAAUGUGGAAUGAUGAGCAAAUUAAAAGAUCUGUAUCAUAAAAUCUUGAAAAGUGAAGUUGAUUGGGACCAAGAACUGUAUAAUUGUAUCAUAAACUGCUGUGCUCGUGCUCUACCAGUUGGUGAACUUUCCAGACUUUUCAGUGAGAUGCUUCAGCGUGGUUUUUCUCCUAAUACUAUCACCUUUAAUGUCAUGCUCGAUGUUUAUGGAAAAGCUAAGCUUUUCAACAAGGCUAAGGAAUUGUUCUGGAUGGCCAGAAAGCGAGGCUUGGUUGAUGUAAUUUCUUAUAACACUGUCAUAGCUGCUUAUGGACACAAUAAAGACUUCAAGAAUAUGGCUUCAGCCGUACGGAAUAUGCAAUUUGAUGGUUUUUCAGUAUCCCUUGAAGCCUACAAUUGCAUGCUGGAUGGCUAUGGAAAAGAAGGUCAAAUGGAAUGUUUUAGAAAUGUAUUGCAGAGAAUGAAGCAAUCGAGUUAUACUUCUGACCAUUACACAUACAACAUUAUGAUCAAUAUCUAUGGAGAGCAGGGAUGGAUUGAUGAAGUUGCUGGUGUGCUGACAGAACUGAGAGAAUGUGGAUUAAGACCUGAUUUGUGCAGCUAUAACACAUUAAUAAAGGCCUAUGGAGUUGCUGGAAUGGUUGAAGAUGCUAUUGAUUUGGUCAAGGAAAUGAGAGAGAAUGGGAUAGAACCUGAUAAGAUAACAUACAGCAAUUUGAUUACUGCUUUGCAAAAGAAUGAUAAAUACUUAGAGGCUGUUAAAUGGUCCUUGUGGAUGAAGCAAUUGGGAUUGUAAAACACACACAACUGGUAUAAAUACAAUUUUUCUUUUUGGAUGUUCUCUUCAUCAAUGCCUCUCCAUACCCUGAAGAAGGCUGCCUUUAGAUACUUGAGAUUUCUCAACAUUUUACUGCCUUAGAGAUCUAUACUGUUGGCUCAGGGUUUUAAAAUGUGCCUUUGGUAAACCUCAAAUUUGAAAUCAUGUUGCUUCAUGCUUGCAAUUCUACAAGCUCCUUGUACUGGAUUCUUUCUGAUAGAAAUCUGGAUAUUACUUUUCGACAAAGUUGCUAGUCUUCAUGAUUAGAGAGAUUCUGGAGGAUCCUUGCCUGCCUUACAUGGAAGUGAAAAGGCGCGUAUCUGCAGUCUGCUGAAGUAAAAAUUGUCACAUUCAGCACAUACAAGAAUCAAGGACGUGCAGCAGCAUCAGGCAUUUCAACUUUGAAAGCAUGCUUUGUUGUAUAGUAGUAGUGUGAAUAGUCCAACAUAGGUGUUUGCACUUAUCAGAUUCAUGCACAUAUAAUGCCGAAAUUUCCUUUCACCUUUUUAUCUUUUGGCAAAAUAUAUACGCAGAGAAUCUUACUAUCCCCUCCCUCAAAUCCUGUUGUAAAUGGAAAAAAAGAAAAAUUCCAGUGAACAAUAAUAUUAAAGCUAAAAUGUAUAUAUUCUUAAAUUUUUAUUUCAUAA